AUGACCCUGGAUUCGCAACUAUCAGAUCUGGGUAUGGAGACCCCGUGCUUCCUUGAGAGCAGGGAGUUGUGGCGGCACUCACAUCCCGAGCAGACCCAGAUAUAUGCGUUCCAACAACACAUCGAGAAGAAAUAUGGCCUCUCCUUUUGUAGAUACAAGGAUUUCCACCAAUGGAGUGUGUCAAACCCAGCGUCGUUCUGGGAGGAGGUGUUGCACUGGACUGGUGUUAAACUGAAUGAGCCAUACUCGUCCAUUUUCGAACCUUCAGCGCCGAUGUUUCCUCGACCUCAGUUCUUCCCUGGCUGUACGAUGAACUUUGCGGAAAACUUGUUGUAUCCUUCUACGAACCCUGAUCCGGAGUCUAUGGCGGUAAUUGGUGCCACCGAGACGACUAGAGAGUAUGUUUCAUGGGCCUCACUUCGAGAACGAGUACGUCAGUGUGCCAAUGCGAUGCGUGCCCAUGGGCUCUGCAAAGGAGACCGUGUGGCAUGUUAUCUUGCAAAUCACGCGAAUGCGCUGAUAGUCAUGCUUGCUGCGACGUCGAUAGGUGCCAUCUGGACAGGAAUCUCCUCGGACUCGGGUGUCAGUGCGGUUCUUGAUAGGUUGGUUCAGAUCGAGCCCAUCCUCCUCUUCGCCGACAACGCUGUACAGUAUAACGCGAAGACGCAUGAGACCCAAGGGAAGAUUUCUCAGAUUGUCCCAUCUUUACCUAGUCUCAGAGCUGUCAUCAUCUUCAACACCGUCCCCUCUUGUCCCUUCGAUCUCGGCUCCACUGUGAAGGGUCCAUCCCCUGUCACCAUACCAUAUGGUACUUUUCUUUCAAGCCCUUUGUCAAACGCGCCCAUGGAAUUCGUACCCCUACCACCAGACCACCCUAUUUACAUAUUGUACUCAUCGGGUACGACGGGGUCUCCAAAACCAAUCGUCCAUUCGUCCCUUGGUGUCCUGCUUCAGCAUAAGAAGGAGCAUGCCCUACACUGCAACAUAGGCGUGGGAGACAGGUCAUUCUAUUACACAACGAUUACCUGGAUGAUGGCUCAUUGGCUGUAUUCGGCCCUGAGCCUCGGAUCAACUGUGAUAUUGUAUGACGGUUCCCCUUUCCAGCCACAUGGCCAGAUGAGUUUGCCACUAUUGAUCGAUGAGCUAAAGAUCAAUCAUUUUGGAACUUCCGCAAAAUAUCUUUCCGUCCUUGAACAGUCGAAUCUCUUACCAAAGCAAUCCAUUCCACCUGCGCAUCUUCCAUCUCUCCGCUCCAUCUUCUCCACAGGAUCUCCCUUGGCCCCAUCUACCUUCGAAUAUACAUACCGAGCCUUUGGGCCAGACGUCCUUCUGGGCUCAAUUACAGGCGGCACCGAUAUCCUCUCCCUCUUUGGCGCGCCAAAUCCUCUUUUGCCCGUGCACGCGGGCGAGAUUCAAUGUAUCGGCCUCGGCAUGUCCGUCCGCUGCUACGACUCUACCACAGGCCGCGACAUCACAGAGACUGGUGAACCAGGUGAGUUGAUCUGUGACGUACCGUUUCCAUGCCAGCCCUGUAUGUUCUGGCCUCCUGGUCCAGAAGGAGAGAAGAAAUACAGAAGCAGCUACUUUGACGCAUUUGAGAAGGAUGGUGGCCGGAAAGGGGAGCGGGUCUGGUGUCACGGUGAUUUCGUCCGCUUCAACCCCACUACGGGCGGAAUGUGGAUGCUGGGCCGCAGUGAUGGAGUGCUCAAGCCUGGUGGCGUCCGGUUCGGGUCAUCCGAAAUUUACAACAUUAUCUUGAAGUACUUCAGCGAAGAGGUCGAGGACUCGCUGUGUAUUGGCAGAAGACGAGAGAAAGACAAAGAUGAAACCGUGGUCCUAUUUCUACAGAUGGCAGAAGGAAAGCCAUUCAAUGAUCAACUGGUUCAAAAGGUGAAAGAUUAUAUUAGAAAGGACUUGAGUGGACGACAUGUACCUGGCUUCAUUGAGGAGACGCCAGCUAUCCCAGUUACGGUAAACGGAAAGAAGGUUGAAGGAGCAGUGAAGCAGAUUCUUUCUGGCAUGAACAUCAAGAACAGUGCAAGUGUGGCCAACAAGGAAUGUCUGGAAUUUUACAAAGAGUGGGCGGCGAAGCAUGAUUGA